AUGGACAACAUCUUGAAUAUUCUACAGACCAUUGAUAUUAGUGCAGUAGUUGCAACUUUCCUUUUCAACACUGGACGUAUUAUAAAAGCGGUAUACAUCUUUAACGAAUGUUUGGCGCUCCUUAAUGGUAAAUCCCUAGAGACAAUCAAAGAACUUACCACACCACAAGUUAUCUAUGUAUACUGUAAACUUCUUGAUGGCUAUACUCUUAUGUACGAUUUCACCCGUGCGAUAGAAUGUGGUAAAAGACUUCACGUGACGCUACACAAUAGUGGCCAAAAAGAACAAGAAGGGAUAAUAUUACUUAAACUAGCGAGCAUCUACCGUCAAAGAAGCGAAUACGAGGAAGCAAAACAGUUUAUCGAGAAGGCACUUAGCAUCAUGAUUGAGACUGGUAACAAUCGGGGAGUUGGAAGAUGUUACGAAAUUCUAGGAACUGUUUUUUUAUCUGUUGAUCAAUAUACCAAGGCUGAAGAAUACCUUCAGAAAGCACUAGUGAUCACGAAAGAAAUCGAUGACAAACAAGGAGAAGCAUCUGCUUACGGCAAGCUAGGAGUUAUGUUCCAAUCUGUUGGUCAAUAUACCACGGCUGAAAAAUGCCUUCAGAAAGCACUAGUGAUCAGCAAAGAAAUCGGC